ACCCGAGCCUAAUUCCAAAUACAAAAAACCUUCUCAAAAUCUCACCUUCAUCAACAACAAAAAAAAUCCCCAAAUCAAUCAAAGCAUCAAAAAAAAUCCCCAAAUCGAUCAAAUCAAAAAAAAAAUCCAUGGAUUCCACACCGCUGCCUCAGUCGUCCGAUCGCCGAACCAAAUCCGCCUCGCGCCUGUCGAAGCUCCGCCACUACAGCGGCGGAACAAUCACUCAACUCUCCCUCGACAUAGUCCCAUCUUCGCACAAAAUCUCGACUCCUCCGCCGGAAUCAUCCGUCUCCCCCAGACCCCCUUACACCCUGCCGCUGAAGGAGCUUCUCGCUCUCUCCCCAUUGCCUCUCAAGCGAUCGAAAGCCGACGCCGCCGAUGGGAGGAGGUGCAGGAGCAGGACCUCCACAGCCUCGCCUCGGGGAAUCCGGAGAUCGAGGCGGCGGCUCGAUCAAGAGGAGAGGGAGAUUGUGGAGGAAUUGGCGGCGAAGCCGAGGAAGAAGAGGCAAUCUAGAAAGGAGAAAUUGAUUUCUUCUACUUCAUCUCAAAUAGUUCCUUCAAACAAAGAAGCUGGUGGUGAAGUCUACAAUUUUGAUGGGAUUGGGGAGAUUAUACAUGAUUUGGUUAUGUGGAAAGAUGUCUCAAAAUCAAGCCUUUGGUUUGGUUUUGGAACUCUCUGUUUCUUGUCUUCUUGUUUCACAAAGGGAGUCAGCUUUAGCAUUUUCUCAUUCCUAUCUCAAGUGGGACUUUUGUUCUUGGGAGUUUCAUUCUUCUCCAACUCAGUGAGGCAAAGACUAUGCAGGGAGGGGACAGAGGCGGAGGCGAAGCGCGAGUUCAAGUUGAAAGAAGAUGAUAUAUUAAGAGUUGGGAGAUUGAUACUUCCAGCUGCCAAUCUCGUGAUCUCGAAAACCAGAGAGGUUUUUUCAGGAGAACCAGACAUGACCCUCAAAGUUGUUCCAUUCUUGCUCGUGGGAGCAGAGUAUGGCCAUUUUAUCACCCUAUGGAGAUUGUGUGCUCUUGGAUUUUUUGCUAGCUUCACUGGUCCAAGGUUAUACUCGGCUUACUCUCCUCGAUUAUCCGAGAAAGUUGAACAUGUGAAAGCAUGGGCACUGGGUGUUUGGGGAGGCUGUGCGCACAAAAAGAUCGUGGCUGCAUCGGCCGUGACAGCCUUCUGGAACCUAACAUCUAUCAGGACUCAAAUAUUUGCUGCAUUCUUGUGUCUUGUGAUAUUCAGAUACCGCAGACAGCAUGUGGUAGCAGAAGUAGCAGACGACGACACAGCAGCAGCAGCAGCAGACGACACAAAGGCCACAGUAGAUGAUGCAAAGGAAGUAGCAGCCGAUGAGCAGAAGGCAAUAAUUGCAGUAGAAAUUGAAUCGAAGAAGUAAACAUUAUUGAUCUUAUAGAAAAAUAAUCUUGUUGAGAUCAGAGUUCUGUAAUGUUGUAACGACAUGUUUAUAUCUAAUACAACCAAUAUUUGAACUA